AUAGAGACGCCGCUUUUUUUAAGUAACAAAAAUAAAUUUUAUCAAUUUGAUGCAAUGUUACAUGAAUUACUUUUGGCUUUAAAAGGUCAUUGCGGUGGACUUUUUAAAGAGCACACAAAUGAAGGAAUAAUGUUGGUCCCAAACUUACCCUUCAUGCACACUUCUGAGAUGACAGUUAUGAACCAACUGUGUAAACUUGGGACCUAUUACAAAGACUUUAGAGAAUUUAUUAAUCACUUUGGUUCUGGGCUUCUUGCUAAUCAGCCACAAGAUACAGAAGAUCUGUAUGGUCUGUACAUCAAAUGUCUUUGCCAAGGGUUGGAUAAUGUUUUACAGGACUAUAGAGAUGCUCUUCUGGACAUAGAGAAACAAGUGCUGCAUGAUGCCCAUAUGCCAGUGUCACAGAUUGCCUGUCAACUUCAAGAUUUUCACCUGCUGUUUCCUAUUCUUGCAUCUACAAUUGAUCAAGUUGUUUCUCACAAGGCACAUGGCUGCUAUAUACUUGAUAUUUUGUACAAGAACUCCAUGUUUGGAAUGCCUGUUGUGAGGAAUGCUUUAAAUAGAAUUCUUUUUGUGUGCCACGGACUUCUGUUCAAACAACUUUCUUCCUGGAUGCUGCAUGGAAUGACCUCUGAUCCCUAUAAUGAGUUCUUUGUCCAGUUGAAAAAUAAAAUAAAAGAGGCGCCAGCUUCCCAAACCACGGAGGAUGAUGAAGAAGAGCUCGGCAUCAUGGGAUUGACUGGGCGUCAGCUACAGAAAAUUAAUUUAAACUCUGAGAAAGAAGAGCCAUCCAUUGAUACAGGGCAGUACAGCAUUGCAGCUGAUCUGCUGCCAUCCUACAUACCCAUAAGAGUUGCUAACAAAAUUUUGUUUGUUGGUGAAAGUGUUCAGAUGUUUGAGAGAGAUAAGCACAAGAUGAAAUCAUCUGUUCAAGGAACAAUAAUGAGCACACGAGAAGAAGAAUUUGCCUUAGAUUUGCAUGAGCUCUCUAAACUCCCAGAAUUCAACAGUGUCAGUUUUGAGACAAUCAUUGACAAGAUCAGAGCUCAUGCAGCAGAGUAUUUGUGGGUGCUGGUGGUGGAGGAGUCUGGCCUGAGAGGUCAGCUAAAGAUCAUGAAGGAUUUCUUCCUCCUGGGGCGAGGUGAACUUUACCUGGCUUUUAUUGACCAGGCACAGCAUCUUCUGCGAUCACCAGCGGUUACAACCACAGAACAUGAUGUGAAUCGAGCUUUCCAGCAUGCAGCAAGAAAUGUUUUGAUAGACAAUGAUGAUCUGCUGCACAGAAUACAUCUGAUUGUUCCUUUGUCAUCUAAUAACAACAAAAAAAACAAAAGCAACGCCACAGAGAGUGACAUUGAGACAGGCUGGAAUGCUUUGGGCCUGACUUACUCGGUGCAGUGGCCUUUACACAUCUUUUUUACCAACUCUAUUCUAGAUAAGUACAACAGAGUGUUUCGCUUUCUUCUUGCGGUGCGGCGAACCCAGCAAGACUUGCAGCAUUGUUGGAGCAUACAAAUGAACAACAAGGCAGCAUUUGUUUCACCAACUGCCAGCACUACCUGGCAACUGAGAACACACAUGGCUUUUCUUGUUGACAAUUUACAAUACUACCUGCAGGUUGAUGUAAUAGAAUCUCAGUAUAAAAUACUUUUAGACAAAAUAAACUCUACCAAAGACUUUGAAGCUGCCAAACUGGCACAUGAGCAUUUCUUGUCAUCCCUACUGGCCCAAAGCUUUGUACACAUGAAAACUGUGUUUGCAUGUCUUCAUGAGAUUCUGGAUCAAUGCACACAGUUUUGUCAACUGUUGGUUGCUGCAGAAAACCCAAUGAAUGAAACAGAUUUGCAACUACUACAAAAUAUUAAAUUGAAUUUCCAGCGUCAUUCAAGUUUGUUGUUCAGGAUUUUAUCUGGUGUGCGCAACCAAACUACAAGAUCACAUUUAGCACAGCUGUUGUUGCGACUUGACUUCAACAAGUUUUACACAAAUACAGGAGGACAGCUAGGAAGUUCAUGACCUUAAUCUCAAGAUGGAUGGAUCCUCAAUUUAUUUAUUUAUGUAAAUGAUCAAAAGAAUUAUUAUUAAACAUCACUAUAUCUG